AUGCCAUAUCGCGGUGCUCGCACCUGGUGCGUCAAGCGGAAAAUCUUGAUAUCCAUAGGCGCGAUUGCCUCUUUUCUGGUUAUUACACUAGCGACUUCAAUCUAUAUCGCCAGUAUCCCAGGUAUUAUGCAGGAAUUCAACGUUGGACGAACACUGGCCAUAUCUCCUGUCACAUUCUACGCAAUGGGCUUCGUCGUUGGCCCAAUGUGCACAUCUGCUCUUUCGGAAGAGUUUGGAAGACAGUACAUCUACAAGACAUCGCUUCUACUGCAUGUUAUUUUCACAGUAAUAGCCGGAUGCGCGACAGACUUUUAUACAAUUGCCCUUUGUCGCGCCAUUUCGGGACUGGUGGGCUCUCCUGCUAUAACAGUCUUCGCCGGCGUCCUGAAUGACCUCUGGAGGAUGCCUGAAGACAGGCUUGGGGUCCUACUCUUCGUAUUUUAUGGCCUGGGGGGGGCUAUCGCUCCAGAGAUUGGGCCCGUGGUUGGAGAGUCCAUUGUAGCUUCCUAUGGAUGGCGAUGGUCCUUCUGGCUUACUGCCAUUCUUGUUGGGACCUGCUUCCUUGCCAUGUUAUUCGUCCCGGAAACCUUCGAGCCUGAAAUCAGGCGGAAAGCACUGAACCUACCUCGCGAUAGCUGGCGCAAGGCCCUCGCACCGGCUUUUGCGCGACCUGUUCAUAUGCUCUUGGUAGAACCAAUCAUAUUUCCUACCACUGCAAUCGUCACGAUGAGUCAAAUCGUCAUCUUCAUUCUCUAUGCUGGUUACCCUACUGUACUGGAGCGAAUUUACGGGUUUUCCUCUUACCAAGUGGGAUUGGCGUUUUUACCACUCCUAGUUGGAUCCCUACUCGCUGCGCCUGUCUUGGCGUUGGUAGACCGGCGCAAACGGGGACUAGUCAGCCCCACCCCCGAAGAUAAUCUGCCAGGGGCUAUGCUAGCAGCUAUUCUCUUGCCAGCAAGCAUCUUUUGGCUGGCUUGGACUGCCCGUCCAACAAUCCAUUGGAUUUGUCCCCUCCUAGCGGGCGUUCCGUACGGGCUCGGGUUUGCCCUCUCCCAGCUGGUCUAUCCUCUUUAUAAAAAUGAGGUAUACGGUGCCGGUCUCGGUGCUUCCUCCUUAGCCAUCGAUGUAUCCAUGCGAUACUUGCUUUCCUGUGUAUUCCCGCUUUUCACAAUUCCACUUAUAGAUUGCAUUGGGUUUGAUUGGGUCAUGACCGCGUGUGCUCUCGUGAUGAUUGCGCUUGCACCGGUUCCAUGGUUGCUGCAGAAGCAUGGACUUUUGCUACGAGGUCGAAGUUACUAUCUUGCCAAUGCCAAACAAAACAUGGCAGUGACGGUAGGGGAAUCUGUCUGA